UCCCCCACCACCGCGCAGCCGAUGUCCGCCGCCGCCGCCUCCCCGCACGGCGACUCCGACCACCGCCACGACACCGGCGACGGCGAGUACGACGGCGGAGGCAGCGGAGAAGGAGGCGGAUACGUGAUGGCCGACGUCCUCUCCAAGGGCAGGGAAGCCUGCUACAAGGCCCGAGACGCCUUCUACUCGUGCGUGGAGAAGCACGUCGACAAGAAGCCCACCGAGAUCGCCACCAUGGGGCUCCUCUACCCCGCCGACUGCAAGAAGUCCCGUGCCAACUUCGUCAGCAGCUGCCGCCCCUCCUGGGUGAAGCACUUCGACCGGCAGUACUGCGCCAAGAAGCGGGUGCAGCGGCUGCUCGACGGCGGCGAGGACCGCCGGGGCCCCAUCUCGCUCCCCCAGCCCUACACGUUCAAGCAAUAGGUAGCUCCGCGGCUUGUUCUGUCUCUCGGUGGCGAGCUGAAUUAGAUCUUUGCUUCGGAGACUGGAUGCGACAGUAUUGGUUUCAGAUUUGGUGUUGCUAUGAUGAAAUCAUACCUGCUUUGUAGUUCGUUGCUAGGAACUGUGAAUGGAUGAGAAGGAACUUGCCUAUGACUUUUAUCGUAAUCAAGAUCUUUGUUGUGGUAGUGUUGUCUAUAUCUUUGCGCAAACUGUAAUACAGUGGUACUGUCCAUAAUCCUUACUAGAACUUCUGCUCUUUGAUGUUUUAUUUCAA